AUGGUAUCAAACAAUCUUGUUGUUCAUGUCCUCUCAAGGUUAAUUACCUCGAAUGCGGUACGCAUGCCUGCCAUUGACAACCUCCACUCAUCGCCGCCAUCGCCGUCAAUCGGAACAGCAAUUGACAAGAUGAACCUUACACAAGAGACAUCUUCAUCUGGUCAAUACUGGACUUCAUCCUCCCCGCCCGGUUUGCCCUUCACCUCGGCCUCUGAUUCCAACUCUUGCAUUCCCUCUCGCCCGCUUUCUCCUCAUGGUGUCUUUCCCUUCCUUACCUACCCACAUAAUACAUCCAAGCUGACCUCACCGCCCCCACUUAGACACACACCCACAGAUACAGGUGGAAAAAAAGAACAAGCAACGUUGUUGAUUUCCGCUUUCCGUUGUCUCUCCCGGAGGCCGAGUCGGAAAUUCUCCUGUCACCACCAGUUCCUUCUCACAAACCCGACCUCCUUCUUUCUUCUCCAUUCCCUGUCAAUUGCUGCUGGCUGGCUCUUUCUUCUGUUUGGAUCCAGCAUGUUUGGUCCGUUGAAAAGGACUCCAGGACGCAACCAUUCAACUCCACCGACCGGCAGUCCGGAGACAAGAACCCCCCUUCCCCUCCCCAUCCCCGGGUGA